UUGCUUUGAAAAUACUUUUUGUCAUACGUCAAUUGAUAUGUCCUAUCUAAAUUAAGUAGUAUACAACGAUCAGAUAAAAUAGUUCCUGAAUAUAAGUAAUCAGUUCGAUAUGAACGACUCAGUAUACUUUUAUCAGUGCUACAGUGCAGACGUUUGCUCCUACAAAUUUCAAAGUUAUAAGAUCAUGGGGGUAACGUGUCAGAUAUUGCUGAAUCCAAUCGAAAACGGCGUUUACAAGGCUGGAGACCCAGUGACAGGAACAUUGAAGUAUUUCAUAGAUAUCCCAACACAAUACAGUAGAAUAACCAUGGCUCUUACGGGAAGAGGAAAAUGCUUAUGGACAGAAUAUUCAAACAGAAGCAAUAGCAAUUUCAACAAUGUCAUUUAUCACAGUAAUAGCGAAGACUAUACGAAUCUGAUGAUGAGCGUAAAUUUGAAUAAGGAUGAGUUCAUAUCAGGCGCCUUCGAAUACCCGUUCCAAUUCGAGCUGCCCAUCAAUAUACCGCCAACUUUCAAAGAUCCAAUCUGUACCAUAGAAUAUAAACUCACUGUGUUGUUCGUAAUAGGAAAUUCUAUAAUACCUCAAAGAGAAUUUGAAGUGGAAAUACCCGUGACCAGUUACGUGGUCUCAUUUUCAUCGGAACCAUUAAUGCUGAAACUGGACAAGAAGCUCUCUUUUAAAAUAAAAAAUAAAAUAAAUGUAAGUGGAGAAAUAAGUAAAACGCACAUAACUCCCGGUGACAGCACCCAACUUGCAAUCGAAGUAAAUAAUAAAACAGGUGCAGAAAUAUCUAUAAGGACUGAACUUAUUUAUUGUUUGACUUAUAUAUCAACUCUUAAUCGCAGGAGAUAUAGAGAAGAAGUCGUAAGAAAUACGACCACAAAGACAGCAGUAGCUGCUAAUGGUGUUUCAAAUCUUAUCUGUGUGGUCCCAACGUAUCAAAAUUUAUGUUCUAUACAACAUUCAAAAAUGUUGAUGGGUGAAUACAAAGUCAGACUCAAAAUUGAAGUUCCUAAACCUCACCGCGAUGCUAGUAUAGAUAUACCAGUAGUGAUUGGUGCAAAAAUGCCUGAUGGUAUAACAGCAGUGCCAGUAGUUCUACCACCUCCGGCGGGGCCCAUGUACCCACACACCAUGUCACAUCAUCCACACGUCAAUAUGAGUUGGUGAUUUCAAACGUAUUUUUUUUUUAGGGAAGAUAUUCAUCGAAUGACUUCUCCCGCCUGGAUGAGG